AAAUAGACACGACACCUACCGUCAGUUUAUAAACUAAACUCCCUAGAACUAGGAAGUUUAAACGAUUGUUAAGUCGAAGUUCACAAAGAGAACAGACGUCAGUUUAUUAUUUUGUUUUGUGAUUUAAAUUUUAGAGUACAAAUUAAAAUAAAAAAAAUCUUAGUAGUUAAUUAAUUAAUAAACAAAUAAAUAAAUAAAAUGGCGAAAGAUGAAGGUGACGAUUUACUGCCCGACAAAGAUGCUGCUAAAGGAUUUUACGCCAAGUACGAACCCAAGGAAAUUCUCGGAAGAGGAAUAUCCUCGACUGUAAGGAGAUGCAUUGAAAAGGAAACAGGAAUUGAGUAUGCUGCUAAAAUAAUAGACAUUAGCAAUGAAACUCAUGAUGGUGCUGAAGGUCACACGAUGAAAGAAGCGACUUUGCAAGAAGUUAAUAUUCUAAGACGGGUUGCAGGACAUCGUUAUAUAAUUGAACUACACGAUGUAUUUGAAUCAAGCACAUUUAUAUUUUUAAUAUUCGAACUGUGUAAAAAUGGAGAAUUGUUUGAUUACUUAACAUCUGUUGUAACACUAUCGGAAAAAAAAACUCGUUACAUUAUGCGGCAAGUGUUUGAAGCUGUUUUACAUAUUCAUAAUCAAAGCAUUGUUCAUCGUGAUUUGAAACCUGAAAAUAUUUUGCUGGAUGAUAAUCUUAAUGUUAAAGUCACGGAUUUUGGCUUCGCAAGAAUUUUAAAGCCUGGAGAUAAAUUAUUUGAUUUAUGCGGAACUCCUGGAUACUUGGCGCCGGAAGUAUUAAAAUGUAACAUGUUCGAAAACGCGGAGGGUUACGGAUGUGAAGUCGACGUAUGGUCAUGUGGUGUAAUAAUGUUUACAUUAUUAGUAGGAUGCCCGCCGUUUUGGCACCGCAAGCAAAUGGUAAUGCUCCGAAACAUUAUGGAAGGUAAAUAUUCGUUCACUUCCCCAGAGUGGGCAGACAUUACCGAAGCUCCCAAAGAUUUAAUAAGGAAAUUGCUAGUCGUCGAUCCUACCAAGCGUUUGACAAUAAGAGAAGCGCUUGAACAUCCCUUCUUCCACACCGUAGAAUUAAAAGCUAAAUCGUUCAAUGCACGGAAGCGAUUUCAAUUGGCUGUUCUAUGUGUACGUGCUGUAGUACGUAUCAGGAGACUUCACACAACUCCAGAGCCUCUGUCUACAUUGAUUGCCCGAGAAGAUCCCUACAGAAUUAAAGUUUUAAGAAAGGUAAUAGACGGAUGCGCCUUUAGAGUGUACGGUCAUUGGGUGAAAAAAGGCGAAGGACAAAACCGAGCAGCCCUUUUCGAAAACACAGCAAAGACGGAACUGAAGCAUCUAUAUGUCAGUAAUUUAAGUAGAUAGCUGGCCCUAAUAGAUAAUUUUACUUCUAUUCCUUUUAGAUAAUUGUUUAUUUUCUUCCUUUUUUAUCAAACUAAAUAAUGAAUGUUAGAAGUUUGUAUAAAUAUCUUAAAUAUUUUUAUUAUAGUUAACUCAAUUAACUUUUUUUUAGAAUCAGUGCUCUUAAAUCAUAAGAUUAAAUAAUUAUUUGUAGGUUUGUUUAUUUAUUCUAGUCAAUUUGUCAAUAGUUGUGUGUACUGGCGAUAAAAAAAUUUUUAAUAAAUUUGUCAAUUUUAAA